AUGACCCUUUCUUUCUCUGAAGAAGAUGCCAGGGGGGUAAUGCAGCCGCAUGAUGAUCCGUUAGUCGUAACAGUGACAGUGGCCAACCAUAUGAUCCAUAUAAUUUUGGUGGACAAUGGAAGCUCGACCGAUGUGCUGUACUGGCCAGUUUUUAAGCAAAUGGGUAUCGAUCGUGAUAGGAUCACACCAUUUAGCUCUCCCCUAGUUGGAUUUGCAGGAGAGCAGGUCCAGCCGAUUGGUCUUAUUUCACCCCCUGUAACGGCAGGGACAACACCUAAGCAGAAAACUGUGAUGGUAAAUUUCCUGGUUAUUGACCGACCAGGUGCCUACAAUGCCAUUAUCAGUAGACCUGCUUUGAAUAAGUUGAAGGCCGUAACUUCAACAUACCAUUUGAUGAUGAAGUUCCCGACGGAAGGAGUCGGAGAAGUGAAGGGGGAUCAGACCCAAGCGAGAAGAUGUUACAAUACGUCUCUCAAGAGGGUCUCGGAUCCGACUCCUAUUGUAAUUGGUACAGUAGGUAGUAAUAACAGGAAUGACCCAAAGGGAGAGCCAGCUAAACCUCUGGAAGAUGUGGUAGUAAGUGGAGACAAGACUUUGAAGAUUGGGACACAACUCAGUCCCAGAAUCCGAGACGACCUUAUCACCUUCUUAAGAGGGAAUUUAGAAGUUUUCGCAUGGACUCAUAAAGAUAUGCUAGGAAUUGAUCCUGAAGACAUCCUCCACCAGCUAAAUGUGGAUCCGAGUGUGAAGCCGAUGAAGCAAAAAAGAAGAAAAUUCGCUCCUGAGCGGAAUGUGGCCAUACCUGAAGAAGUGGAGAAGCUUCUCAAAGCUCGUUUCAUCGAAGAAGUAUAUUAUCCCGAUUGGUUAGCCAAUGUAGUAUUGGUCAAAAAAUCCAAUGGGAAGUGGAGAAUGUGCGUGGAUUUCACUGACCUCAAUAAAGCUUGCCCAAAAGACAGUUUUACAUUACCUCGCAUUGAUGCAUUGGUGGACUCAACAGCUGGAUAUGGCUUACUCAGCUUCAUGGACGCCUUCUCUGGUUACAAUCAGAUAUACAUGCAUCCAGAAGACUACGAGAAAACUGCGUUCAUAACUGACCGAGACCUAUACUGUUACAAAGUCAUGCCCUUCGGUUUGAAGAACGCAGGAGCAACCUACCAGAGGCUGGUAAACAAGAUGUUCCGAGACCAAAUCGGACGCAAUAUGAAAGUGUACGUCGAUAACAUGCUAGUCAAGAGUGUGCUGUCACGGGGCCAUGUACUCGAUUUGCAAGAGACGUUCGCAACCUUGAAGAAGUACGAGAUGAAGUUGAAUCCCUCAAAGUGUGCAUUCGGAGUUUCAUUAGGAAAGUUCCUCGGUUACAUGGUGUCCAGCCGAGGAAUAGAAGCUAAUUCUGAAAAGAUACAAGCUGUCUUGGAUAUGCAGUCUCCAAAAAACUUGAAGCAGCUCCAGCAAUUGACAGGAAGGGUAGUGGCACUGAAUCGGUUCAUUUCACGAUCGACCGAUAAGUGUCUUCCGUUUUUCAAAGUCUUGCGAAAGACCUUUGAAUGGGCAAACGAAUGUGAAGAAGCCUUCGAACAGCUAAAAGAGUAUCUAAUGAGCCCUCCUUUGCUGAGCCAGACAAUACCUGGGAGUGCUGCAUUAAUCCGAGAAGAAGAAGGAAUUCAAAAGCCUAUAUACUUCAUAAGUAGAGCUUUGAGAGGCGUUGAAGAAAGAUAUCCCCAGAUGGAGAAACUGGCUUUCGCCUUGGUUAUAGCAUCCAGGAAGCUCCGACCUUACUUCCAAGCUCAUACUAUCAGGGUAUUGACUGAAUACCCUUUAAAAAAAGUACUAAGAAAGCUAGAUCUGUCGGGAAGAUUAGCUAAUUGGGCUAUAGAGCUAGGAGAAUUCAACAUUGAGUUUCUCCCUCUGAAUUCUCUCAAGGGCCAGGUACUGGCUGAUUUUCUGGCAAAAUUCACUAGUUUGCCAGACGUCACCAGCUGGCCAAGUGAUGAGACCUGGGUAAUUUAUGUAGAUGGAUCAUCUACUAAGAAGCAUGGUGGAGUUGGGAUAGUAAUGAUCACACCCGAUGGGGAAGAAUUGUGUAAUUCAGUGAAGUUGAAGUUUAAAACCACAAAUAACGAGGCCGAGUACAAGGCAGUCUUGGCAGGACUCGGUUUAGCUCUUGAAAUGGGAGCCAAAUUUGUGAAAAUACGGAGUGAUUCCCAGGUCGUCGUAGGACACAUCCGAGGCGAAUUUGAAGCCAAGGGAGACAAAAUGAAGUUAUACUUAUCUAAAGUACAAGACCUGCGAAGUUUGUUCAAUAAAUUCAGCAUUGUGAAAGUUCCGAGGCCGAAAAAUGAGAGAGCAGACCAAUUGGCCCGAAUAGCCUCAACAGCUAACGAAGAGAUGAAAGCCGAAACUCAUAUCCAAAUUCUUCCACAAUCAUCCGUUACCGAGACAGUGUCGGUCUCGACAGCCGAGACCAUACCCGAUUGGCAACUGAAAAUCGUGGAAUACCUGAAAAGAGGAGUACUUCCUUCAGAUAAAAAACUGGCUAUCCGGUUGAAGCUUCGAAUAAGGAACUAUUAUUCGUCUCCAGGGCACCCUCAAGCUAAUGGACAGGUAGAGGCUACCAACAAAACAAUCUUCAAGAUUUUGAAAAAGAAGCUAGAUGAUCGAAAAGUUAACUGGGCGGAAGACCUUCCCGAAGUAUUAUGGGCAUACGGAACAACCAAGAGAAUUCCAACCGAGGAGACGCCAUAUGCCUUAGCAUUUGGGACCGAGGCAGUCAUUCCAGCCGAGGUAGGCUCGGGCAGCAAUCGUGUAGAGACCUUCAGAUCCGAGACGAAUAACGAGGGUUUACAGCUACACUUGGACUUGCUACAAGAAAAGCGGGAUCAAGCCCAGGUGACUAUGGCAGCAUACCAGGCAAAAGUGACUCAAUAUUUCAAUAGGAAGGUCAAGCCUCGAAGCUUCAAAGUGGGAGACAUGGUCCUACGUAAAGCUACUCUGGCAACCAAGGACCCUGCUGAGGGAAAACUGGCCCCUAAUUGGGAAUGA